AAUAGCCGGUAAAAAAUGAACAAUAGUCAGUGAAAAUCGUUUUGGGAUAUAGAUACUCACAUUAUAUUAUCCGCUUUUCAAACAAACUCUACAUUUUGCUUCAUAAAAGUCAUGACUCGAAAUCUUGAUUUUCCGAAAACAUUAACGACAUUUCCCGGAAUAUUUCAAGCUAAAAAGAUUCAAACUUUAGCCCUCCAACAAUACAAAGCUAACAACUUUACUAACAAUCUUCAAACUUUAGCCCUCAAUCCAGAAUCUUUUUACACAACCCUUCUUGAUCAAUCAACUUCCAAGAAACAUCUUAAUCAAAUUCACUCCCAAAUAACUGUCAAUGGCUUUCAAUCUAAUGGAUUUAUCAUUACGAAAUUUAUCAAUGUUACUUCUAACUUGGGUGACAUUUGUUAUGCACGCAAGGUGUUCGAUGAAUUUCCUCAACCAUAUGUAUUUUUAUGGAACGCUAUAAUCCGUGGCUACUCGAAACAAAACAUGUUUCAUGAAGCUGUUGGGUUGUAUGCACGAAUGCAGAAGGCGGGUGUCGGUCCAGAUUGUUUCACAUUGCCUCAUGUGCUUAGGGCGUGUGGUGGAGCUGCUGACCUUGAAGUUGGACGGGCGUUACAUGGGCAGGUUUUUAGACGUGGGUUUGAGAAGGAUGGGUUUGUGCAGAAUGGGGUUGUGGCGGUUUAUGCAAAGUGUGGCAGGAUUGAUGAGGCGAGGGUUGUGUUUGAGGGGUUGGGUGAUAGGACGGUUGUGUCCUGGACUAGUAUUAUUUCGGGUUAUGCUCAGAAUGGACGGCCUGUUGAAGCGUUGAAAAUGUUUAAAAAGAUGAGGGAUUGUGGGUUCAAACCCGAUUGGAUUGCUCUGGUUAGUGUUAUAAGCGCGUAUGCUGAUAUAGAGGAUCUGGGACAAGGGAGAUCUGUUCACUCUUGUGUGAUCAAGAUGGGACUUGAGUGUGAGCCUGAUCUGCGGAUUGCUCUGACAACAUUGUAUGCAAAAUGUGGGCAUGUGAUGAUUGCGAAUUCGUUAUUUGAUGAAAUGGAAAUAUCUAAUGUGAUUAUGUGGAACACCAUGAUUUCUGGUUUUGUGAAUAACGGAUUCUGUAAUGACGGGAUAUCACUUUUCAAAAGAAUGUUGUCGAAAAACCUAAGACCAGAUUCUGUCACGGUCUGCUCUACAAUAUUGGCUUGUGCCCAACUGGGAUCACUUGAAGAAGCAAGAAAGAUGGGUGAAUACAUUGAUAAAAGUGAGUAUAAAUCUGAUGUUUUUGUCAGCACAGCACUUAUUGACAUGUAUGCAAAAUGUGGAAGCGUAGACUUGGCUCGUAAAGUUUUCGAUGAAACAAAAACAAAAGACAUUGUUGUUUGGAGUGCCAUGAUUGUAGGCUACGGCGUACAUGGUAGGGCACACGAAGCCAUCAAUCUUUUCAAUUCAAUGAAACAAGCCGGGGUGGGCCCAAAUGAUGUCACUUUCAUCGGGCUUCUUACAGCGUGUAAUCAUGCUGGACUUGUGGAGGAAGGUUGGAAAAUAUUUAACAGUAUGAAAGAUUAUAAUAUUGAGCCACGGCAUCAACAUUAUGCUUGUGUUGUUGAUAUUCUCGGUCGCGCAGGGUGUUUAGAACGGGCUUAUGAUUUCAUAAUUAAUAUGCCGAUCAAACCUGGUGUUUCAAUUUGGGGAGCACUUUUAAGUGCGAGUAGGAUUCAUCGUCAUGUGGCAAUAGGAGAAUAUUCUGCAGAACAGCUUUUCUCAUUAGAUCCUUACAAUACUGGACAUUAUGUACAGCUGUCAAAUCUUUACGCUUCAGUUUAUAUGUGGAGUGGUGUAGCACGGGUUCGACUUUUAAUGAAGGAGAGAGGAUUGGCUAAGGAUAUCGGUUGUAGUAUGAUAGAGAUUAGUGGAAAGCUUCAUGUCUUUCGUAUGGGAGAUAUAUCACAUCCGGAAUCCAGUGAAAUAUUGAAGGAGCAUAAGAGGUUGGACACGAGGUUGAAAGAGGCUGGAUUUGUUGCUGAUACAGAGUCUGCUUUACAUGACUUGAGUUAUGAAGAUAAGGAAGAGAGUCUUUGCAAUCACAGUGAAAGGCUGGCAAUUGCUUAUGGGCUCAUUAGUACUCGUUUUGGAAGUACACUUAGGAUAACUAAGAAUUUACGUGCAUGUGUAAACUGUCAUGCUGCGAUAAAACUGAUAUCAAAAUUAGAAAGCAGGGAAAUAGUUGUUAGGGAUGCCAAUCGAUUUCAUCAUUUCAAGGAUGGAGAGUGUUCUUGUGGAGAUUACUGGUGAGAGGAAUUUGGUUGACUGCAUCAUGGCUUAUCUAACAGGGUUGAGACUUGAGAGUCUAUUUUAUUUGAGAAUGUUCAGUUGGUGUGCUAGAAAGAUCAACAAGUCAAAGUAACAUAACCAGGGGCGACAAAUUUCAUCUAGGACUAUGGCCAUCUCAGUGGGAUAAGAAGCCUGCAUGGCAAUGCCACAAAUCCCUUCUUUGGCAUCAACAUCCCUUUGCAUCAUUAUGUAACCCUCUUGACCCCAACUUGUUCCCCAAGAGUUCUUCACCAGCCAAUACUUAGUCCCGUCAUCACUCGUUCCAUAACCAACUGCAGUAACACCGUGGUCAAGUUCCGUGCCACACUCGCCUGUAAACACACCGGUAGAGUAAAACUGGAAGUCGGACCCACUAGCAUCAAUGGCAACAGACACAGGCUGAUUAGCUACAGCCUUCAACAGUGCACUUUCGCUAUUAGCCGGAACAUCUUCAUGGCCAGUUAUGGUUGCAGCGUGGUUAGAUGCCGCAUUGCUGUUGCAGCUUCCGUCAACUCCUUUGUACGGGUGUUACUGCACCUUUCUUUCUCCAAUCCAUUGAUGAUGGAACUGCUGUCACAUUUUCAUACCUGAAAGUAGAGGUAGAUGGGGAGCAUUCAUGGGCCAUGAAUCGGUUCCUUGUGGUCCUGAAUUCUUCAUUUGUAAGCGUCCUUGUAUAUGCGACCAUAACGAGCCAUCCAUUGCUCAUGGCUCUCGUGGCUUGAAGUUUCAGGGAGCAACCGGGAUGCCGUGUUAGAUACCAAAGUGGCUGCGAGGAAGAGUAAAACUAGAAAGGCCAUGGAUCGUCGGUUUGGGGACGACAUACUGUUGAUAGUUAUAGGAGUCAAAGGAAACAAACCAGUUGGAGUGAAGUCUUCCAAUAGAGUGGGGUAGGAAGCCUGCAUGGCAAUGCCACAAAUACCUUCCUUAGCAUCAACAUCUCUUUGCAUCAUUAUGUAACCUUCUUGACCCCAGCUUGUUCCCCAGGAGUUCUUUACCAGCCAAUACUUAAUCCCGUCAUCACUCGUUCCAUAACCAACUGCAGUAACACCGUGGUCAAGUUCCGUGCCACACUCUCCUGUAAACACCCCGCUAGAGUAGAACUGGAAGUCGGACCCACUAGCAUCAAUGGCAACAGACACUGGCUGACUAGCUACAGCCUUCAACAGUGCACUUUCGCUAUUAGCUGGAACAUCUUCAUGGCCCGUUAUGGUUGCAGCGUGGUUAGAUGCCGCAUUGCUGUUGCAGGUUCCAUCAACUCCUUUGUGUUACUGCACCUUUCUUUCUCCAAUCCAUUGAUGAUGGAACUGCUGUCACAUUUUCAUACCUGAAAGCAGAGGUAGAUGGGGAGCAUUCAUGGGCCAUGAAUCGGUUCCUUGUGGUCCUGAAUUCUUCAUUUGUAAGGUAGCAACCGGGAUGCUGUAUUAGAUAUCAAAGUAGCUGAGAGGAAGAGUAAAACUAAAAAGGCAAUGGAUGGACGGUUUGUGGACGACAUACUGCUGAUAGCUAUAAGAGUCAAGGGAAACAAACUAGUUGGAGUGAAGUCUUCCAAGAGAGGUUGCCUUUAUAUAGAAAUAGGGAUUCUGUCCUCGCAUGCAAGUUUACUAUUUUUAAUUUCAUGUUCGUGGAAGAUAGGAUGUUCUGAUUAUGGAAUAUUAACUAAUAGGAGCUAAUAACGUACUUUAGCUGUUGUUUAGUC